AUGGGAGCCGCCAAAAAGCGAGUGGCUGUAAUCGGCGCCGGACCGGCGGGAUUGAUCACGAUCGAUGCGCUAGCGCAGGAGAAGGCAUUCGACGUGAUCCGGGUCUUUGAGCGGCGCGAAGGGCCCGGUGGAUGCUGGAUCGCAGAGGGAACGAAGCCUACCCCGUUGCUCUCGAACUUCGAUGCGCUGGCGGCGCGGACGGCCGAUCCGCCCAUCUCCGUCCCGGAGAACCUCCCGGCAUAUUCGGACAAGGAGCCGCAGCCGCGGUUCAGCGAGUCCUCCGUGUACCCUUACCUGGAGACUAAUGUUGACGAUGUCGCCAUGUCGUUCUCACAGGAGCCCAUCCCGGCUGUGCUCAGCGAGUGGUCCAAAAGCAGGCACGGGGUAGACACGCCGUUCAGGCAUUGGACGGUGAUUCGGGACUAUUUGCAGAGCCUAGCUGAGCGCCGGGGCUACCAGGACCUUGUGUCGUAUAAUACGACCGUGGAGAAGGCAGAGAAGGUUGGGGCAGAGUGGAAAAUCACGCUGCGGAAGGAGGCCGAGGCGAAGGAUUAUUGGUGGGUCGAGUGGUUUGAUGCCGUGGUUGUCGCAAGUGGGCACUACUCAGUCCCCUAUAUACCUCGGAUUCCAGGCCUGGAAGAGUUCGCGGCGGCUAGGCCCGGCAGUGUGAUUCACAGUAAACAUUUCAGAGGAAGAGACGCAUUUCGCGGAAAGCGUGUGAUUACAGUCGGUGCGUCCGUUUCGAGCGCUGAUAUUGCAUUUGACCUGGUCAACACUGCCCAGUUGCCUGUCUAUUCAGUCGUAGUCGGGCGCAAUUUCAAUGGGUAUUUUGGCGAUGUCGCGUUCAACAACCCAGGCAUCGACAAGCGUCCGACAAUAUCACGGAUUGACGCUUCGACUCGCACAGUCCACUUCGAGGAUGGUACGUCGGUUCCAGAUGUGGACCACUUGAUUUUUGGGACGGGCUUCUCCUGGACCCUUCCAUUUCUGCCUGGAGUUGAGAUAAGGAACAAUCGGGUUCCGAACCUCUACCAACACGUCGUGUAUCAAAAGGACCCCAGUUUACUAUUUGUCGGGGCCGUGGGCGCUGGCCUGACGUUCAAGAUCUUCGAAUGGCAGGCCGUGUUAGCGGCGCGGGUGUUGGCCGGCAGGGCAAAGCUGCCUCCGGUAGAAGAACAAGAGAAGUGGGAAAUAGAGAGGAUCAAAGCGAAGGGCGAUGGGCCUAAGUUCACGAUGGUCUAUCCUGAUUUUGAAGCGUAUUUCGAGGGGUUGCGUCAAAUGGCCGGCCCAGGCGAGGAUGGGCUGGGUCGGCAGCUGCCUCCGUUCGAUCAAAGCUGGUAUGACAGGUUUAUGGCCGGGCACGAACUACGCAAGAAGAUGUGGAGGAGGAUCAAUGCGGAGGCCGAGUCGUCAGCUCAACCAGCUUCGGUAACCAAGCAUGAACCAAGUGUUGUGGUUGCCGAUGCCAAGCUUUAA